GCAGUGCCCUGCCCAGGAAGUGAGGAUGCGGCAGAGGCAAUAGCAGUCGAGCCCCAGAGCCAGCCCAAGUCUCCACUGGAAAAGUUCAUGGUCCGGCUGUGCACGCACCACCAGAAGCAGUUCAUCCGCGUCCUCAACGACAUUUACACUGAAGUGCAGCCGGGCCCGGACGGCCAGCCGGGCCCCGCGCCCGACGGCAUGGACGCCUCCACCUGCAGCUCUGGCUGCAGCCAGCUUCGAAGCCCUGACGCUGCAGAGAAGGGCGCCGCCUGUCCUGAAUUGAAGCCCCCUUCCUCCUCCGACGCCCCACAGGACCCUCCGAGCCACCUGCACGGGGCCGGGCAUGCCCCCAGGCCCCCUGCGGACCCGAAGCCUGCGGACAGGACGGAGAGCUCAGCUGCUGCUUCCAAAAGAGACUGUUCCGAGCAACCCAGCUCAGCCAGCCCAAAGGAAAGCCCUGCUCACGGAUACCUCACCACAUCCAACUCUUCCUCACUGCACUUCCACUCCGCUGCCAAGGGCCUGGAGGGCCCGCACGUGGGGCACGAGCCUGAGCAGGGCGCCUGGAGAGGCGAGGACAAGGACCCGCUCCCGGGCAAGGCCCUGGGCUGGGCAGCCAGUGUGAACGGUAGCGAGGACAGCUUGGAGGGCUGCCUGGUGUCCCCCAGGAACUCCUCCUUCCGAGCCUUCCCCGAGGAGGCGUGGGACCCGGGGUUCUCGGCCCGGCGCGCCGACAAGGAGAACGCGCUGCAGUGCGGCUCCAAGGCCUCGCUGCACCCAGACCUGGAGGCCAGUGAGCACGACGCCAGGCCAAAGCCAGACCACCACCUGCACGGCGGUGGCAAGGCGAAGGCUGGCUACCACUUGCACCCCGGAGACAAGCCUCCUCUGGAGAGCGCCCGCGAUGCCUGGCUGCCCACCAGCAAGGCCUCCCACGGGCACGCACGGGCCAAGGGCCCCCCUGCCUCCAUCAAGACAUCCCGGAAGAGCAAGCGGGCCUCGGGGCUGCGCAUCAACGACUACGACAACCAGUGCGACGUGGUCUACAUCAGCCAGCCCAUCACCGAGUGCCGCUUCGAGAGCCAGCGGGCCGCGGCGCCCCGCAAGACCGCGCGCAAGAGCACGCGGGGCUACUACUUCAACGGGGAGUGCUGCGAGCUGCCCACCGUGCGCACGCUUGCCAAGAGCGCCCGCGCUGCCGAGGACUGGGGUGGCAGCACCGCCCUGAGAGCAGAUGCCUUGGCCACCGCGAAGCAGCCAGCUGCCGCGGCGGGGAAAGAUGGGGACAAGCGGGUCUCCCUGAGGCUCCUGGCCAAGGGGACCUUGCCAGGCAGAGAGACCAAGGAGAGAGCAGCUGAAAGCGAGCCCCGUGAGACCCAAACGCUGAAGGAGAGAGAUGUGGCAAGUGCCGAGCCGGCACCGGUGCCCCCAGCAGUGCCGGGCGGCGAGUGUGCAGAGACCCCCAGCUCACCGCUGCUCACCAAUGGCACCUCUCCCGCCCCGAGCUGCGAGGAGGAGACGUGGCAGCUGCCGGUCGGGGGGGAUGGGGACGCUCCCUCACCUGCCAGCGCUGGCUCCUGCGGGGACGUGGGGUCCGAAGCAGCCAGCAGCAGCAUGGCAGGGGACUCUGCUCUCCUCCCCGUCUCGGUAGCCGCUAGCAGCGAGGCAGGUCCACCGUGCUCUGAAGCACAGGCUACUGCAGAGCCCCCCACCAGCGGGGACCCGGAGGGGGAUGUGGGGCCCUCCACAGAGCUUCCUCCAGAGACCCCCGCUGCUGCAGACCAGGAGCUUCCAGCUGAGCCUCCGGCCAGCCCAGCAGCAGAGGCCCCCGAAGCCCCCGCUGCCAGCGUGGGCCACGAGUCCCCCGUGCAGCCCGCGGCCAGCCCAGCGCCGGAGCGCUCCCCUUCUCCACCGCCGGGUGCCGGGAGCGAGAGCGAUGCUGCCGCCCUGGAAGCCGCCGUCUCUGGGGCACCGGGCAGCAGCCCGCAGGCACGGGGGGAGGCCGAGCCAGGCCCCGCAGACCUCGGGGAGAGCCCGGAAGGGGAGCCAGCGCCAGGCGAGAGCCAGCCGGGUGAGGACCCCAUCCCAACGCCGCCUAGCCCUGAGGCCUCGGGGGCAGACGGCAGGGAGCCCGUCUCCCCCUGCGAGAACUCGGACAAGAAGAGGAAGAAAAGCCGGAGGGCCCUCGUGGCCUCCGACCGCUGCCUCCGGAGCCAGCACGCCGCGCCGGGCACUGAGGGCAGCGCUGAGGCUCCCGGCUCCCUCGCGUCCCUGCAGCUGCCCUGCCUUCAGAUCAAGCUCUCCAAGAGUCCCGGGGCAAAGCGCUUCAAGAGGGAGGUGCACCUGGCGGGCACGGCGCCCGUGCACUUCCCCAAUGACUGCUUCCAUCCCGCGCUGCUCGAGGGCACUGAGAUGGCCGCAGAGCUGCCGGCGGGCAAGGAGAACGGCGUCACCACUCGGCAGACCUACAAAAGCCUGCUGGCCAAGGAGGCGGCGGCAGCUGAAGGACAAGGGCCCCCGGGGAAGGGAGCCUCCCCCGCCCCAGGCAGCCCCAGCGUCUCUGGAGACAUGCUGGAAAUCUGCGUGGAGGCCAGUUCGGAUAAGCGGAGCGUCCUCCUCCCGAAGGACAGUGGCCCGGGGGCGGAGGUAGAAGCCAAGCAGCCGGCAGCAGAGCCCCGGGAGGCAGCUGCAGAUGCUGGGCAAGACCCUGAGACCUCCUCAGAUGCUGGCAAGGGGCAGCCUGGGGAUCUGGCCAGCAAUUCACCUGCUGGCCCUGGCAGCAGGGGCGGAAGCAAGCACGCUCCAUCCAAGCCCGCAAAGCUGCGCCGGCAGGCCCCGCCUUCGUACAACCUUCGGCACACCCCAGUCCCCAGCGAGGCGGCGAAGAAGAGCACCCUGGGGAAGGAGGCUGUGCAAGCCAGUCCCUCGCCACCGAGGGCAGAGGGCAGCGCCAGGGCUGAAGAGUCGCUGGAAGGGGACGCGCCAGGAGAUGGCAAGCCGCGGUUCGUGGAGUGGUGCUCCGAGGAGGAGAACCAGGAGCUCAUUGCCGAGUUCAACACCCACUACCUGAAGGUCCAGAAGGGCUGGAUCCAGCUGGAGAGAGAGGUGCAGCCGGCCCCCAAAGCCAGGAACCGGGCUGACAAGCUCAAGGAAAUCUGGAAGAGCAAGAAGCGGACGCGUAAGAGCCGGGGGCCGCUGGAGGGGCAGAAGCUCUCGCCGGUGCAGAUGCUGUUCAUGAAGGCGUUCCAGCUCUCCGACAUCUGCCGCUGGUUCCUGGAGACGACCGAAACCCGCUCCCUCGUCAUCGUCAAGAAGCUGAACACCCGGCUGCCCGGGGAGCUGCCCACCAUCAAGCCGCCCCUGCAGAAGUUCCCCAUGCCCGGGCCGUACCCCAGCUCCCUGCAAGCCGAGCGCCUGAAAAAGCACCUCAAGAAGUUUCCGGCCACCACGCCUGCCAGGAACAACCCCAAGAACCAGAAGCUGCUGGCCAAGUUGCGGGAAAGCACCGACAGGAUGGAGGCCACAGCAGAUGCCAGUCCUGCCCCGGCGCCGCCCGCUGAAGCCCGCUGCGACGCGGCCAGCGAGCCCCGCAGCACGCCGCCGGCCCCCAGCCUGCCAACGCAGGCCAGCACGCGCAUCCUGCGCAAGUACUCCCAGCUGCGGGGCAAGCUCCGAGCCCAGCACCGGGCGCUGAAGCCCGAGAAGAAGGGGGAUGGGGCCCCGGAGCCCCCCGUCCUGGAGAGCAAGAGCCGGAAGAGCGUGUGCAUCAACCCGCUGAUGUCCCCCAAGCUGGCCUUGCAGGUCAAAGCGGACGCGUUCCCCAAGCCAGCGCCGGCAUACAGAGCACUGAAGGGGCGCAAGGGGAAGGGGCAGCCCGCGGACGACGCCCCGGCCAAGGCCGACCCGCAGCUGGGCAGGAAGAAGAAGCCGCCGAGCGAGGGCAGCGGUGCCCAGGAGAGGCCUGGCUCCUCCAGCAGAGACCGGCUCCCCGCCAAGAAGGCCGGCAAAGCCAAGCACGUGGAGAUGCCCACCAAGGCGCCCGCCACCAGGAAGCAGGCAGCAGCGGAAAGAAGCAAUAAGCUGGAGAAAAAGGGGCUGCCGAAGGAGAAGAGAGCCCUGAAGAGGCCUCUGGCGAAAAGCCGGCUCUCCACACACAAGGGCAAGGAGAACACCAGCAGACGGGCAGCGCCCGGGCACGAGGGCCUGGCCAGGUCCCCCAAGCAGGUGCCAGCCGGGGAGCCCUCCACCAGGUCCCAGAAGGGGUCCAGCAAGAAGCCCAGCGGUGGGAAAACCCUGACCCGGGCCAUGAAGAAGAGCCAGGAGGGCGCCGGGUCCCAGGGCAAGAGAAAGCUGAGGGCGAAAGGGGACUGUUCGCACAGCAAGCGAACGCGGCUAGACACGAAAUAG